CACAGUCUGUUAGUAUCUUUCCAGUGGACGAACAAGUAACUUGUUCAAAUUAAUCGCGAAGAAAAUGAGAUUAGUGUUUGCAACGUUGGGGAUCAUAAUUCUUGCUAUCAGUCUCGUAACGGCUGUAGACGAAUGGAAAUUCAAGAAGUGUAAUCAAAGCAGUUUUUGCCGGAGAUGCCGUUAUAUGAAUCAGAAUGAAUCACCAUACGAAGUUCUACCUGCAACUUUGUCAAUUGACGGUCACAUGAAAGUCGAUCUGAUAAAUAAUGAAAAUAGCAAGACGUUUGUGCUUUCGCUGAAGGCUCUUCCUGAUAACUCUUUUCAUUAUGAAAUCGACGAAAAGGCACCACUGAAGCCCAGGUAUCGUGUUACAGAAGCUCUCCUGCAAAAUCCAACAAUAAUUCCAAUUCAAGUGACUACAACUGCCUCGCAAAUACUAGUCACAUCAAAAUCGGGCACAGUCAUCAUCCACAAUGCACCAUUCAAAAUGGAAUUCUAUCAGGGCGAUCAGCUUGCAUUGACGGUGAACGGAUUGGGUCUGAUGCGAUACGAACAUUUGCGCGAGAAACCCGCUGUUCUCGAUCCUACUGAGGAUCCAGACUCAUGGGAAGAAACAUUCAACGGUAUUACAGAUGUGAAACGAAAUGGACCCGAGGCGAUCUCAAUGGAUUUUGUGUUCAAUGGUGCGGACGUUCUCUUUGGAAUCCCAGAACAUGCUGACAAUUUUGCUUUACGGACAACACUCAACGAAGAACCUUAUCGCUUAUACACGUUGGAUGUUCCCAAUUUUUUGGUUGACAGUCCGAUGGCAUUGUACGGUGCAGUACCGGUACUCUACUCUCACAGCGCUGCUAGAACCACUGGAAUUUAUUGGCAGAAUUCAGCUGAAACUUGGGUGGAUAUCCACAACUCGAGCACAGCACAUUUCAUGUCGGAGGCAGGAAUAAUCGACGUUUUUGUGUUUCUGGGACCUACGCCAUCUGAGGCUUUCAGUCAGUAUACAAAGCUAACAGGUCAUGUAAAUUUGCCGCAAAUGUUCUCAAUUGCAUACCACCAAUGUCGCUGGAACUAUGUAAAUACAACGGACGUUCUGACCGUGGUGGAAAAUUACGAUAUCUUCGAUAUACCGUUGGACACAAUGUGGCUGGACAUCGACUAUACUGAUGACAAGAAAUACUUUACGUGGGACAGAACCAAUUUUCCGGAUCCUCUUGGACUUAUUGAUACUCUAAAUUCAACCGGACGUCGCCUUACUUUCAUCAUCGAUCCGCACAUCAAACGCGACGAAAACUAUUUUCUUCAUCAGGAGUGCACCGCCCGAAACUACUAUGUUAAGAACGAGACAGGAAUGGAUUAUGAAGGUGAUUGUUGGCCAGGUGCAUCCAGCUACAUUGACUUUUUCAAUCCAGACGCUAGGAAACAUUACGCAGAUCAGUAUUUGAUGGAGAAAUUUGUUGAUCAGUCCAUUUACACCGGUAUCUGGAACGAUAUGAAUGAACCGGCAGUCUUUGAUGACGAUAACGAAAAAACGAUGCCACGAGCAAAUCUACAUUACGGGGGAUGGGAGCAUCGCAAUCUGCAUAACAUGUAUGGUUUCAUGCACACCAAGGGGACUUUCGAUGGUGUUCUACGUAGAUCCAACAGUCAGCUGAGACCGUUCAUUUUGACGCGAUCAUUUUUUGCUGGAAGUCAACGUUAUGCGGCAGUUUGGACUGGAGACAACACAGCCGGUUGGUCAUACUUGCAAGUGUCCAUUAAAACUUGCUUAUCCUUGGCGGUUGUGGGCUUCUCCUUUUGUGGAUCAGAUAUUGGUGGCUUCUCUGAAGAACUAAUGGAAAGAUGGUAUCAGGCCGCAGCGUACCAACCAUUCUUCAGGAAUCACGCCACUUCAGGCAGUAGAAGACGCGAGCCCUACUUGUUUGAAAACUCGGUAGACAUUUUCCGAGAUGCUAUUCGAGCUCGGUACAGCUUACUGCCACUUUGGUACACGAUGUUUUAUGAACACGAAUUGAAUGGAUUGCCCGUGAUGAGACCAAUGCUGGCGAAUUAUCCAACAGACGUUAACAGUUUUCACCUAGACAGCCAAUACAUGCUGAGCGAUGUUCUUUUAAUCGCUCCAGUAAUGGCAGCUGGUGCAACAUCAGUUGAUGUUCAUUUUCCAUCAAAGUCAUCAGGCAGCCUCAGCGACAUAUGGUAAGACAUCGAUGAUUACAGCAUCAUAGCUUCGACCAGUCAAACAAAAUCCAUUCCGGUCGAUGCGAAGAAGACCCCCGUUUAUCAACGAGGCGGCACCAUUCUUCCGAGAAAAGAAACGAUUCGAAAAUCGUCAGCAUUCAUGAAAAAUGAUCCAAUUACCCUGUUUGUAGCGGUCGAUAGUAACAAAAAGGCUACCGGAACAUUGUUCAUCGAUGACGAAGAAAGCUACGACUACCGCAGUGGAAAGUAUCUUUAUUUGAACAGUAGCUUCUCCGAUGACACGUUAAGUAACAAAUUUAUGGAUAGCUUGGCAUCGUUCACUACGCCAGUUGAACUGCAAAGAGUAGUCAUAGCUGGCCUUUCAAGAGUACCGCUGUUUGCCACAUUGAAAUCAGCCAAUGGAAUCACAUCCAGAUUGGACGUAGUAAACGUUACUGCAAACUCUUUUGCAGUCAGUGGAGGCGGAGCUAAAAUGAUGAACGAAUGGGAAAUUGAGCUAAGUUUUGCGCAGACUACAGACCCAACAACGAGUCCGACACCAAGUCCGACGACAACCACACCACCGUCGAGUGGCGUAUCGAAGGCAGUUAUUUCGAGUUCGUUAGCACUGCUAAUUGUUAGCAUUAAAUUUAUUAAUUCAUUACUUUGUUGAUAAAGGAAUACAUUUAGAGCAUU